AUGCUCAAGGGUUCUUUUCUCUCCCUCCAUAGGGCAGCCAAGCCUCUGGCUCUUCUUGACAUACAGAGAGUUUCCCGGCCAGUCCAGGACCAAGUCCCAGCCCUGCAGCCCCCUGCCCAGCCCUCAGGACGUCCCCAAGGCCAGUUCCUGAUGAAUGACAACAACAAUCUCCCCACAUUGGAGGACCAAGUUCUCUGCCCCAUUUACCUGGAGGUGUUCUGCAACCCGGUCACUGCUGCCUGCGGGCACAACUUCUGCAGGACCUGCCUCCAGGGUUUCUGGGACCACCAGGCAGCUGUGGGAGAGAUGCUGUAUUGCCCCCAGUGCCGAGAGAGCUUCCCCUCCACCUGUUUCACCCAGGCCAAGGGCCAGGCCUUGGGGUCUUCACAGAACCUGGCCGGGCCCAGAGACAUGCCCUGCGACUUCUGUGCCCCAGAGAAGCUCAAGUCAGUCAAGUUGUGCCUGCAGUGCAUGGCCUCCCUGUGCGAGAAGCACCUGCGCAGCCACUUCGAGGACCAGGUGUUCCAGGGCCACCAGCUGCUGGAGCCCGUGUGGGACCUCAAGAGCCAGCUGUGCUGGAAGCACCGCAAGCUACAGAGGCUGUACUGCCGCACGGAAAGCUGCUGCGUGUGCGGGGCCUGCCUGCUGAAGGAACACAAGAACCAUGACACCAUGCCCCUGGAGGAGGAGUGUGCCAGCAAGGAGGUCAAGGUUCAGAAGGUCCAGGCCAACGUGGAGAACCAGAUGCCGGUCAUCACCUCUGACAGCCAACAGCACCGGGGCCAGGUGGCUUUUCUCUCGAAAUUGAUCCAGGCAGCUCGGGAUGAGGUGAACACCUGCUUUAUGGAGAUCAUCCAUGAGAUCAAACAGAUGCAGAUGAAGGUCUUGGAUUUCAUGGAGAAAGAGGAGGCGGCCGCCCUGGGGAAGCUGGGUGGCUCCAUCCAGCAGAGCCACGACCGCCUUCUGAAGCUGGAGGGGGACAGCAUCUGGCUUCACACCCUGCUCGCCAACCAGAGCAACUAGCAAUUUCUGCAGGAGUUCCCCAGGCUGAAGCACUUCCCGGCCUGCAUGGAACCCCUGAUGGGCACCAAGUGUGAGGAGAAGCAGAGCUUCCUCCAGCUGCCAGAGACCUUGGCAGAGCUCCAGACCCGGCUGGUGAACGUGGGUCUCAGCUUCAUCAACCAGCUCUUCCUGGAGGGCAUCAAGAUGAACUCCUGUGAGGUGCUGCCCCCAGCUGUGGACAGGGAAACACUUCUCAAGUGUUAUUGCAACCUGAACUUUGACCCCGCCACGGCCAGUGAGGAGCUGCUCCUGUUCAAGGAGACCCACUCGGUGCUAAACUUGGGCAUCCUACUGGGGCCCUUCGCCGCGGGCGGCCCCUUCCCGGGCGGCUUCAAGCAGUGGCCGCAGGUGCUGUGCUCGCGCGGCCUGGCAGAGGGCCGCCACUACUGGGAGGCCGAGGUGUCCAACUCGUGGGUGUGCCUGGGCGUCACCUACCGCCGCAUCCCCCUGCUCAGCGGCCGCCCGCGCCGCAACAUCAUCUACCUGCUGGGCCGCAACCCCUACUCGUGGUGCCUGGAGUGGGACUCACUCAAGUUCUCCGUGUGUCACAACAGCACGCAGACGGUGCUGCACAGCGGCUACCACCGCACGUUCGGCGUGGCGCUCAGCGCCGGCUGCCUCUCCUCCUACGGCGUGGCGAGAGGCGUGAGCCUCAUCCACCGCUUCCUGGCCUCCUUCCUGGAGCCGCUCUACCCCGCGGUCACGGUCAGCAGCGGCGCCUCGGUCACGCUCAAGCAGCGCCCGGAGGCGUAG